UAGCAUAACAUACAUAUUAUAUUAUUGUUUGGCUAAAAUUAAAUAUGAGUAGUGUUCAUGAAAACGAGUACGUGGUGUCUGUAGAAGAAGACGAAAUUAGUUGUGCGGAGGAGGCAAUGUCCAUGGAAGCUCAUCGGAACAAUAAGCUUGUUACUACUACUACUCCUGCCAUCAACAACAUUUUCCAUGAGAAGGUUGAGUCCAAGAUCAACGAAAUAGAUGAAGAAAAGAAUGAAAUAACUACUACGAGCUUGUACAACGCACCACCAAAGAUACAGAAGGCGCCGAGGGUUCUCAGAGAUCGCAAAAGCUAUUUGGUCAAGUACUUUGAGCCGAAGGUGGUGUCCAUUGGCCCCAUUCAUCAUGGCCAUGAGAAGCUGAAGCAAUGGGAGAAGUACAAGACUAAGUUUGCUUCCGACUUCAUCAAAAGGAGCAUAAUCAACAAGACGACCCGCUUCUUAUUUCAUGCCAUUAAAGAGCACAUUUCCGAGUUGAGAAUGCUAUUCGAUGAGGAGGUGCUUCGACGCUAUGACGAUGAUUCUCUGAGCUUAAUAUUGCUGGUCGACGGAUGUUUCACACUUCAGUUCAUACGCAGCUAUGUCAAUCAUCAUAGUAACGAUGGAAAAGAUGAAUUUAUGAAGAAGUUCAAGAUUGAUCAACUAGUUUUCGCUGUACAUGAUAUGUUGUUGCUAGAGAACCAAAUCCCUUUUCGUGUUCUCCAGCUGUUGAUGAACAAUCUUGAUGAUAAGCUGAAAAAUAAGUUGAAGGAUUCGAUCAAGACAUUCAUUGUUAUGAACGUUAUGGCACCGAAACAGUGCUGCACCGAAAUUCUUGAAGAUGAAGCAACUCGGGCAAUUUUUGAAGAGAACAAUCUAGUGAAAUCAACUCAUCUUCUUGAGCUUCUCCAAAAAGUUUGUGUACGACCUGAACCAACAAAAGCCAAUAAUGAUGAUGAUUCUUCCAAAUCGGUAAAUGAUGAGGAUAAAGUUUGUGUACGACCUGAACCAAAAGCCAAUGAUGAUGAUGAUGAUAAUCAAGGGCAAUUUGGAGGAGGGAAGUCUUAUAAAUCGCCAGCUGUACGAGGAUUUGUACCUAAAUGGCUAGCUGUACGAGGAUUUGUACCUAAAUGGCACGAUGUACCAAGGAUUGUAUCUAAAACGCACGAUGUACCAAGGAUUGUACCUAAACGGCGCUACGUUGGACAAAUUAUUACUAAAGACGUUGGAUCUCCAAAAAAGCCCAUUCCAGAAAAAGCUCAAUCUUUUCGCAACAUCGAGGAAUUAAGAUCAGCGUGGAUCGGCUUAGAACCAAGUAAGGAACCUUGGUCGUUGAGACAAGUAAAGUUUAUACCUUGGCAUACGAGAGCAAUAAAAACUUGUUACAAAGUGAAGCCUGCGCUUGAGCUUCCUCUGUUGAUGGUGGACGAUUCUAUGGGGCCUAAAUUCAUGAACUUGAUCGCCUACGAGAUGUGUCCAGACAAUUUCAGGACAAAUUACCAAGUCACAUCCUACAUAUGCUUCAUGGAUUCACUCAUUGAUCAUCCGAACGACGUCAAAGCACUAAGAUCAAAAAAAAUUCUUGUCAACCUUCUCGGUUGCGACGAAGAAGUAACUAAACUGUUUAAUGAGAUAGCCACUGAUUUGGUGCCUAACCCUGAAAUGUACAAGGAUGUGAAGAAUGAUAUACAGAGUCAGUAUAAUAGUCCAUGCAUGGUGUGGCUGGCCGAAGCCUACAGCAACCAUUUUAGUAGCCCUUGGACCACCAUCGCAUUCGUUGGUGCAGCUGUUGCACUUUUUUUGACUGCUGUUCAAACUUGGUAUGCAAUCCACCCACCAUCCAACUGAUCAGAAUAAUAUUAAUUAAUUAGUACCAUGUAUGUUUGAUGUUAUUAUUUUGCGAGUUUUUUUUUUAAAUAAAAGGAAUAUUGUUCAGGAAUAUUCAUUCAAUGUUUGAUUUGCAAUAUUAAUAAAAGUUUCAU